AUGACCGAGAAGUACCUGCGCUGGGCGCUGCAGUCGCGCGCCUCCGCGGCGGGCAAGCCCGCACUGAGCGUCGCGGACGCGGACAUGCGCGAGGACGUCAGCAUCAGCACGAUGCAGGAGGCCCAGGCAGUCUGGCUGCGGCAAGAGAGGCUAUGGUCCAUCGAGAAAGAGACGGAGACCUUGCUCGUUUUCGACGACGGGGGCGGUACUGCAUUGGGGCCCGGGCUCCGCCGGCUGCUGGUCUGCGGCUGCUCCGAGUCGCAGCGGCGGCGCGCCGCGGCGGCUGCCGCGUCGGUGGGCGCGCCCAAUAGCGGAGGCCUUGCCGCGGCCCCCGCCGCUGCGCAGACGGCGCUUGGCGCCGCGGCGCCCGCGGCCGCGUCGGCAGCCUCGGCAGCGGAGACUUCAACCACGGCCUCACAGAGGACCCAGCCGGAGAGGUCCAACCCCAAGGAGAUUUUGAAGACGAUCCCAUGGCCCGCCACUGUGAAUCAGUGGGGGCUGCUGCAGAAGAAGAUCUGGAUCGGCUGGCCCAGGCUACCUCAAGGCUGGAUCAGAUGCUGGUCGAGGAGCCAGGACAGUGCUUAUUUUCUGCGGCUGAAGGACAUGAAGACCACUUUCGAGUUCAGCGAGGUGCGCUGA